AUGACGCGGAAAUAUUGGUGUAAAGAAAGUUUUCGCGAGUUUCAAUGUGGAAAUACGGAAAAGGAGCGGAAUGUGGACAAAUUUAAAGAAAAUGUAAGUUUAUAUAGAAAAAAAUAAAAAUUGUGGUAGUAAAACGUAAAAAAUUGCAAUAACUUUGUUUACAAGACAUAAAAUGGCAAAAACUUUCUUUACAAAGCAAAAAAUGGCAAAGACUUUCUUUACAUAAAAAAGUACUUUUAACACAAAUUAACAUCACAUAUACCAAUUUACCAUUUUAGGACCUAGUAAUCCUCCAAGGUUCAAGCCACAACGACUCUGUGUUGAUGUCUUUAUCUGUACAAAAAGAUCAUGCUCAAGUGUACCUUUGUUUAAUUUUAAAAAACAAAAAGUACAUUUUUGAAGAAUCCUCCCAUAUUACACAUGAUGGCACUCAGACGGAAAUUACAAUAGAUGGAUUCAGAAUCGAAAUUCGUGAAGCCUUUAGAAAGUUGAGAGUCACUUUUAGAGGAAAUUUAAAGUAAGUUUUUCAGUUACCCAAAAUAAUAAUUGGCACCUAAUAUUAUAAAAACACUAGAAUUGUAGAGCCAUUAUAAAAAUUUAUUACCUAAACUUAUAGAAGCACAAAGAUUUUAGCCCGAAAAUUUAAGAAAUGCUAUAUUUGUUACCUAAAAUUAUAAAAAACUUAUCUCAAGCCUAACUUUAUAGCUGUUACCUAAAAUAACAAACACAGUAACAUAUUAAAUCAAAAACGUAAAGAUUAUGCUUGUUACCUAAAAUUCAACAUCCAAAAACUUUUCAAUUCUGGUGGACAAAAAAUUAUUCCCUCCAAUUUCUUCAAAACCCUAUUUUUCCCCAAAAAACAAACCCUUGAAAAAACGCAAAACCCUUUUCAAAAUUGAGCCAAAAAAUCCAAAAUCUCUUUUUUCGAUUCGAUCCAAAUCCCAAAAACAGAAAUAUUUUCCUCAAAAAUCCAAACUUAUUAUUCCUACCCUGCCACCAGCUUCCGCAGGCCGCAAUUCACGAAAACCCGCGAAAAAGCCCCUUUUGGAUUUCCACUGCACCGUGCGAAAGAAAUAAACAGCUCAAAAAUUUCCUUUUUGAAGAUCGAAGGAUUUUGGACCAAUUUGGAGAUCUCAAAAUCUCAAAAAUCGCGCCAUUUUUGGUUUUUUCUCUAACCUUCUCUGACCGCACUCGCAUGUCGCAGUGGUCUCUUGUUUGUCGCAAACCUGCCUCUCUUGUUUUUCAUUGUCGCGCAAUCACUUUUCGCGAUCCCUCUCAUUCUCUGUUCCGAUCUCCUGAAGUGCGCGCUCUCUCUUCUUUCCUCAUUUGAUUGCACGGUGCAGUCGUUUUUUGGUCAAAACCUUUGAUUUUGUUCCUCUCAAUUUUUCUCAAAAAUCGAGCCGAAAUUGAAGAAAGUUUUGCGACCGAAUUUGGACUUGCACCGUGCAAAGCCGUGAAAGAAAAGAGAGCGCGAUUUGAGGAGAUCGGGCCGGUGAAAGAGAGGGAUCGCGAAAGGUGAUUGCGUCAUAGAGAAACACAAGGUAAACAGGUUAGCGACAAACAAGAGAACAUUGCGACAUAAGAGAGUGGUCAGAGAAGGUUAGAGAAAAAACCAAAAAUGGCCCGAUUUUUGAGAUUUUGAGAUCCCCAAAUUUGUCCAAAAUCCUUCGAUCUUCAAAAAGCCAAUUUUUGAGCUGUUUAUUUCUUUCGCACGGUGCAAUGGAAAUUCAAAAAGGCCUUUUCCGCGGGUUUUCGUGUAUUGCGGCCUGCGGAAGCUGGUGGCAGGGUAGGAAUAAUAAAUUUGGAUUUGUGAAGAAAAUAUUUUUGUUUUUUGGGCUUUCAGUUCGAUUUAUCGAAGUUUGGCUCGAUCUAGAAAGGGUUUUGAGGAACUUUUUCGCACAGUGCAGUGGAAAUUCAAAAGGCCUUUUCCGCGGGUUUUCGUGUAUUGCGGCCUGCGGAAGCUGGUGGCAGGGUAGGAAUAAUAAAUUUGGAUUUGUGAAGAAAAUAUUUUUGUUUUUGGGCUUUCAGUUCGAUUUAUCGAAGUUUGGCUCGAUCUAGAAAGGGUUUUGAGGAACUUUUUCGCACAGUGCAGUGGAAAUUCAAAAGGCCUUUUCCGCGGGUUUUCGUAUAUCAUAAGGCCUGCGGAAGCUGGUGGCAGGGUAGGAAUAAUAAAUUGGAUUUGUGAAGAAAAUAUUUCGUUUUUGGGAUUUGGAUCGAACCGAAGAAAGAGAUUUUGGAACUUUUGGCUGGAUCUUGAAAAAGGUUUUGAGGAAUUUAUUUCGCACAGUGCAGUGGAAAUUCAAAAGGCCUUUUCCGCGGGUUUUCGUAUAUUGCGGCCUGCGGAAGCUGGUGGCAGUUUGGAAUAAAUAAUUUUGGAUUUGUGAAGAAAAUAUUUUUGGUUUUUUGGGAUUUGGAUCGAAUCGAAGAAAGAAAUUUCGGGAUUUUUGGCUCGAUAUUGAAAAGGUUUUUGAGGAAUUUAUUUCGCACAGUGCAGUGGAAAUUCAAAAGGCUUUUUCGCGGGUUUUCGUGAAUUGCAUCCUGCGGACGGUGGUGGCAGUUUGGAAUAAAUAAUUUUGGAUUUGUGAAGAAAAUAUUUUUGUUUUUUGGGCUUUCAGUUCGAUUUAUCGAAGUUUGGCUCGAUCUAGAAAGGGUUUUGAGGAACUUUUUCGCACAGUGCAGUGGAAAUUCAAAAGGCCUUUUCCGCGGGUUUUCGUGUAUUGCGGCCUGCGGAAGCUGGUGGCAGGGUAGGAAUAAUAAAUUUGGAUUUGUGAAGAAAAUAUUUUUGUUUUUUGGGCUUUCAGUUCGAUUUAUCGAAGUUUGGCUCGAUCUAGAAAGGGUUUUGAGGAACUUUUUCGCACAGUGCAGUGGAAAUUCAAAAGGGUCUUUUCCGCGAGUUCUAAAUUUAGGUAAUAACGCAUUAUCCAUAUUUAUUUUGAAUUUUUGUAAUAAAGUCUUUGCACGAUUAAUAUUUUGUCAAAUUUUAGAGCUGAAGGCAGUUCAGAGGUUGAGUUUGUUCAUCUACAAUCAUGGUGGGGGCCAGUUUCGGAUGGAAGUUUUGUGUUUUCAGAGAUUCCAAAACGAAUAAAAGCUAGUUUAAAGGCGGACAAGUUAUGGAACAAUCAGGAAUUGUGAGUAUAUUAGGGUAGGGUGGGAGAAAAUCGGGUAGAAUUGGGGGGUUGAGAUAACGACAUGGGUUGAUGGUAGGUUAUAAGUACUGGUAAAGGUAAGAGGAAGGGCAAAGGCAGUAGUUAGGGUAAGGGAAACGACAGGGAUAAUGUUAAGAGUAUGGGCAAAGGUAGACGGAGAGAUAGCUAAAAUUUUAAUAUUUACUGUACCACACUGUGAUUUAGUGACGAAAACGAGACGUUUUAUCAAUUCGGAGUGUUAAGAGCACGCUGGAGAACGGAAGAGAACGAUUGGAAUGAACAAGAUUUUAGAGGUUUUCGGAUGAAAUUGUCUCGUCCGAAGGAUACAAAGCUUAGUGUAAAUACGUUUUACACUUUGUAUACUAAGGUAAUAAUGACUUAUUCAAUAGAAAGUUGUGUUUUACAAUUUUAUAGUACCUUAUGGCUAAUAUAUUGAGGGUACUAUACUAUUUCUGUUAAUAUAUUAGUACUGGUACUGCCAAUUUUAACGGUUGUUUUGUUACCUAAUGGCACCAUUUCAGAACGGAAACCGAUCAAUGUUCUUUUUUCUAAGCCACUCAGAUCGGAAACAGUUUAUCGAGUAUGGUAAAUCAUUAAAACCGGAUCAUAAAGUCGAAUUCUGGGCUAGUUCACCUCCAGAACCGAGUAUUAACAUAGGUAUAGAGGAUAUCAAGUUCAAUUCUGGAGACAAUUUGAUCCUUAAAACGAAUAAAUUAAAGUACAAAGAAGACCGUGAUCUCAUCGUGACUUUGAACACAUGUGAGGAGGUGGCAUUUAAGGACGACAAAGUUUUUGGUAGGUUUUGGGGAGGAGGCUUAUGGUAAGGUAGGGUAAGAAAAUAUAGAAAAAGAAGAGAGAGUAAGGUAUUUUACGGUUGGGUAGACUAGAGUACGGCCGGGUAAAAUAGGGUAGGGCGGCUUACGGUAGUGUAACGUAAUUUAGGCUAAGGAGAGUAGCUCAGGGAAGAGUAUGGUAGGCUAGAGUAGAGUAAGACAGGCUGAGAUUUCCUACAGUAAUAUAAUGGUCAACAGUAGCUUUUUCUAGAAUACGAAGCAUCAGAAGCCGAAAAACAGCAGCUUAUUACCUCAUUUUCUAACUUUUCCUGUAUGGAUUCGAGAAUUUCUGGCGGAAAAGCUUCGAAUCUGGCCAAAUUAAAUGGAUUUCAACGUAAUUUCAAAGUCCCAAAAGGCCUAGCAGUUUCUGUAAAUGCUUACUUACAACACUUGGAAGAGAAUCAUGAUAUCAAAAAUUUUGUAAAUGUCAUAAAACUUUGUAGUUUUACUGCUGAGGAGAUUGAAAAUCGGUGAGUUGUGGUUGCUUUGGCUUUUGCUCUGCUUCUAUUCGUUAUACUUAUACCUAGCUUUAUUUUACUGUGCCUUACCUUCUUCUGCCGUACUCUGAUUUACGUUAUAAUACCUCUAAUUUUAAAAUUUCAGAGCCACCUCUUUGUUUUUGUCGUCAAAACUGUCAAAGACGACGAAAAAUGCUUUAAUCGAUCAGUUGAACUACAUUUUCAAUAACACCGACAAUGUCAGAUUUGCUGUCCGAUCAUCGGCGAUUGGCGAAGAUGGAGCUGAAAUGUCAUCAGCAGGCCAAUUGGAGUCAUAUUUGAAUCUAAAAUACGAUGAAAUUGAAGAAAAUGUUUUGAAAUGUUGGUCUUCUAAUUUUAGGAAAGAAGUCGUCAAUUAUAGGAGGUAGGGUAAUAUAAGUUUUUGGGUAGGGUAGGGAAAGGUAAUGUGGGGUAGAGGUUAAUUUAAAGCGAUAAGAAUUCUUAAAAUUUCAGAGAGCAUGGUCAAGAUCUAAACGUUCCUGUAGCCGUAGUAGUACAAGAGAUGGUAUCCGAUGGUGUAUCUGGAGUUAUCUUCACUGUUGAUCCAAUAUCAUUAAAUUCGAAUCAUAUGGUGAUUAAUAUGGUUGAAGGUUGUGGAGAAGACCUAGUCAGUGGACAUAAAACACCAACUCAAGUUGUAUAUCAUAAAAUCAAAAAUGAAGUUUUAAUACAGGUAAGGGGCAAGCCUAUCUUCUGUUUGUUGCCUUGAAUUACACACAGAAGAGUCAGAGGCAAAGGAAGUGGUAGGGCAUGGUACGGUAGGAUAGGGCAUGGGACGGUAGGUUAGAGUAGGGUAGGGUAAUGUAGGGUAGGGUAGGGUAAGUGUAAAAAAUUAUUUGUUUUUAAUUUUAAAAAAGUUACAAAAAAUAUUUUUCAGCAAGGACCAUCCUUAAUAUCUCCAUCACUCGUAUCAAAAUUGGUCCUAAUUGGUACCUCAUUAGAAGACUAUUUUAAAUACCCGCAGGAUAUUGAGUUUGUACUGAAAAAGGACACGAUAUACAUUGUCCAAAGUCGAAACAUUACAAAUUUGAAUAAUGAAUCCGAUUGGGAGUUGCAACAUGAAUUUGACAGUUCUCCAUUGACCGACUUUCAAGCUUACUCGACUGCAAAUGUUGGUGAAGUCUUGAGCCAACCGUUUGAUGUUGUGGAUGCUACUGAGACAGUUUACAUGUUAAAUCAUGCAUUGGUUGUAAGGUUUUGGUUUUUAUGGGUAUGAGGGUCCUUUCGGUAAUAUAGAAGUAACUUAGAGUAGGGUAAAGUAGGGCAGGGCGGUGCAAGACCAGGCAUGGAAGGGCACUGUAGGGUAUGGGCUGGUAGGAAAGGACAGAGGAAGGGAGAGAAGGACAAGACAAGACGAAGCACAAGGCAGGGUAAGGUACGGUUUGGUAGAAAAAGGCAGGGUAAGGUAGGGAAUGGUAAGGUUUUGUAAUACAAGGGAAAUUAUCGUAUGACUGGUUCGGCUGCUGUAAUUUAAUGUACCUUUUAGAGAGCAAUAAAGACGAUAAAUGGCCUUGCCGACCCGAUACCUCGGCAUACACAAACCAAAACUACAGUAUACGACAACCGGUCGUUUCUGGAUAUUAUGGAGGUCAGUCAAUACUACAAAUUUUGGCAUAAUACAAUUUUUUAGAAUUUUGACAAUUUGGUACUGGGUUAUCUUUUGGUAUUAAUAACAGUUUUUUUUACUAGUACUACUACUACCUAAAGUACAAAAAAAUUUAAAACUUGUUGUUACAGUGCCACCUGAAUGAUUGGCAAACCUGCAUCGAUGACACAUCACAUCAAAUAAUACUGGCUGGAACAGUAUUCAUCACGGACGAAAUGAUAGAAUUAGCCAAAACCAGAUAUCCAAAAAAGACUGGAAAAGACAAGCUUAAGGCAAUGUAUAGUAUUUACAAAGUGAGGUUUUGAAAUGUAAGCCUCCGGCUAGGACUUAAGCUUAUUACGUCUGAGUUUCUUAAGGCUAAGCUCACUAAGCCUAAGCUUACUAAGCUUGUUUACUAAGUCGGUUUACUAACGCUUUUCCUUUUUAAGCCUACUAUGUCUAGACCAACUAAUGUUAGGCUUAUACCUAUACUAAGUGCACACUUCUAGUAUAGUGUCACAUCUAGGAUUUGUUCAUAAAAAACGAUCAAAAUGUUUGCGGUAUUACCUAAUAUCGCUGACAUAAUUGGAUAGCCUUAGAGAAAUUGCAAGAAAUGGUGUUACGCAACGUUUUCUUAUGUAAUAUGUCGUAUUUACAUAAUAUUUGCCUCGAUGUAAAACGACUCAACAAAUGACUGCGAGUGCUGGGACCUGGCUACCUUUUUCUGCGGGGAUUACAUUUACUUGCCGCGCUUUAUGAAUACAUAACGCUGUUUUCUACUAUAUGUCAUCGUUAUUAGGCCUACAGAGCGGUCAUGUGCUAAGCUUUAACUAAGACUAGGCUAAACCCAAGCUACGCCUAAAGUUAAGCCUAAAUCAAGACUUACUGAGAACACACUUAACGUUAAGACUUAUUUUGGGAGACUAAUACGCACUUUUCAGCUAAUCAAAAAAGACAGUAAAAGAUGUUUGGAAGAGAUGAUAGAGACAUUAGACGAGAUGAAGGUAGCUGCUCAUGGUAACGAUUUGAGGUCAUGGUUAACGACAAAUAACGUUCUUCGAGAAUACUAUGCUAAACUGAUGUAUCAUCACAGUUAUUUGUCAGCAUUUUCUAGUGUGAUGUACUCUUUUGUAGCUAUGGCUUUGAGAGGGACCUCUAGUAAGUUUUUGAGAGGUUUAAUACUAUUAGUACAUUUAGUACUUUAAGUAUUAAAAAAUAUGUGAAGUAUACGUUUUUUUUGGAAUUUGUAAUAUUAAAAAAGUACUAUAGUUGAUAUUUUUGGUACUAGUAGUACCAAAAAGUGCAUCACAAAAUUUUUUUGAAAAUUUUUAAAACCAUUAUUAAUCAUUCUGAAAACUAUUUAUUUUGAAGGUACUAGUAGUACCAGAGGUACUAAAAAUUGUACUAAAACUAUUUUUUUGUUCAAAAUUGAAUUCAGUGCCAUUUUUAUUUGAUUUUUUAGCUGGAACAUUGUCAUCAGACGUUUUAACGGCUAUAGCUACUGUCUACAGCAAUAACCUUUUACCGAUUAUCAGUGGUGAUAUUCCUGUAGCUUUGAAGGUAGGUAUUAUGGGAAACUAUAGUACGUUUUUUGAUGAUUCCAGGACAUAGCUUUAGCCCUAAAAACCAACGUCAAUCUUCUGCACGUUCUGAACAGUAAUAUCAAGUCCAAUUUUGAAAAAGUGAAAAUUUUAAAAUCAGAUGACGGUGAAGUCGGUUGCAAAGUAAGAGAAUUCUACCGUAAACAUGGCCAUCGUGGAUUGUAUGAGCUUCAGAUGCAGGGAAUACCGUGGAACGAUGAUCAUGAUAAUUUUGUUGCUACUGUUAUGGUAUGUUGAUUUUCUUUAAGUUAGAGGUAGGGUGAGUUAGAUUUAAGGGUCAGGGUAAGGUAGGGUAGGGUAGGGUAAAGUAGGGUAGGGUAGGGUAGGGUAAGGUAGGGUAGAGUAGAGUAGAGUAAAAUAGAGUAUGGAGUAGGUUUAGCUAACAAGGGAAUUGCACCAAAUAUUCCUCGGCUUUUUGAACGAUACCUAUAUAGGAUGAAAGGGCAUAAAAAAUUAUCGGGAAAACUGUUUUCAAAAACUGCUAAAUAGAUUCGGCUAGCGAGAUAUUAGCGAUUAAAGGAUUUACAUAGGGUGUUCUAUUUGAUCCUUCUCAUUCGUCUUGAGCAAAACGAAUGGAUUGAAGCUUCAAUCCAGUUUGGUCGAGUGGUUAAUAAGUUAAUCUGGGGUGCAAAAGGGAGGAAGUUCGAAUCCUGCCGAUUUCAUUUUGGCGCUCAGCCAUACUGACAGGAAUUUUUGGCUAGCCAUACAAUAUUUUGAUUGAAAAAAUAUUUUUUAAAUUGUAUUUUUUGCUUUUAGACACUUUUAGAAAAAAAUAGUUAUCAAAGAAUAUCAUUUUUUGAACUUUAAAGCUAUACCCUUUAUACAUAUAAGGAUAUAAAGCAUAUUGUAACUCGCUAGCCAAGUCCAUUUACCAGUUUUUGAAUACAGUUCUUCCGAUAACUUUUUAUGCUCUUUCAUCCUAUAUAGGUUUUGUUCAAAAAGCAGAGGGAUAUUUGGUGCAAUUCCCUAGUAAGGCAAAGUAAAAAUGAUUUUCCAUUUUCAGAAGCUAGUGUCAGAUCCAAACUUUGCUCCAGAAGCGCCAAAGACUUUGAUAACUGACAUUGACGAACUAAUUGACAGUUUGAAGAUGAAUAUUACUGGAGUUCGGCGAAGAUUGUUAAAAUUUUUAAUUCCGCACGCUUUCAAAGCUGUGUUUUAUCGAGAAGAAGCCAAAAGCAUGUUGGUGUAUGGCUCUUAUUUGGUUCGAAAUUCUUAUAAAAUGAUUGGAAAGAUAAUGAAAGAGCAGGUAAGGGGUGGGGCUAGUUGUACUACUGCUAUCAAAAACAAAAAAAAAACGAAAAAUUGCUUAAAAAUAAAAUUUUAAGUAGUUUUAUAAUUUUUAAAUUUUUUGGUACUAGUGGUACCAGUUGUACCAAAAGGAGGACCAAAAUCUGGUACUCUUUUCAAGGGUUGAAAAAAAGCUAUUAUUCAUAUUUUUUAGCAUUACCUUCAAGAUGAGAAGUGGAUAUUUUUCUUGACGAUAAAUGAAGUCCAUUCCAUAGUCAAUAACGUACAACAAAAGCAUGUCAUCAGCGGCCGAGCACGACGACGGUUACGGUUAUUUAACAGUACAGAGAAAGUACAGUAUCCGUUGAUUUCGCUUGGUACACCGAAACCUUAUGUGGGUUUGAAAAAUUGAUGGUUAGGAAAAAUGAUGUUUGGUUUUUUGGUACUAGUUGUACCAGUAGUACCAAAAAAGUGUACUAAAAACGUUUUUUUAGAAAAUUUGAAAAAAUUGGUGUUCAAGUCACAUAAAUUACAAAAGAAAUAUUUUAGGUACCGUCACAGCCGACUGGAGGUGUAGUACUAACUGGUACCGCAGUUUGUGAAAGAAGAGUUAAAGGCCGAGCACGUGUGGCCAAGACCCUAAAAGAUGCUCAGAACAUCACGUCAGAUGAGAUCUUGAUCACAACUAGUACUGACAUUGCCUGGAGCCCCUUGUUUCCGGUAAUCAAAGGUUUGGUCACGGAAAUUGGUGGAUUGUUGUCUCAUGGUAUGUUAUAGGUCAAGUGGUACUAUUGGGUGAAUUGUAGUAAAAAUGGUACUGUUGGGUAAAUUAUAGUAAAAAAUGGUACUAUUGGGUGAGUUAUAGUAACAAUGGUACUGUUGGAUGAGUUAUGGUAAAAAAUGGUACUAUUGGGUGAGUUGUAGUAAGAAAUUGUACUAUUGGGUAAGUUUUAGCAAAUAUGGUACUAUUGUGUAAGUUGUAGUAAAAUUGGUACUGUUUGGUAAAUUAUAGUAAAAAUGGUACUACUGGGUACGUUUUAGUAUUAAUAAUACUAUUAGGUCUGUGAGCACGGCCGAUUGGGAACUGGAUGCUUAGGAAAAGAGAGGGCGGACUAUCAUUAGUAGGUGGGGCCAAAAAGGUAAAAAAGCUGUUUUUUAGGUAAUACAUUGAUAUUUUCAGGCUCUGUGGUAGCUCGAGAAUAUGGAUUGCCAUGUGUUAUUGCUGUUCAAGGUGCUACUGAUGUUAUUAAAACUGGUAAGAACUAUUGUUUUUAUGAAAAUUUAAGCAGGCUAGGGUAGGGCGAUGUAUGGUAGAUACUUGGGUGUGAAAUGACAAUUUUAGGUAAUAAAAAGUGUUUUUAAUUUUUGAAAUUUUGGGUAGGGUAGGAUAGAGCAGGGGAUGGUGGAUUAGAGUAGUAUAGAGUAGGGUUGGGUAGAGUAAGGUAAGGUAGGGCAGGGUACGGUAGGGUAGGGCAAGGUAAGAUGGGGUAGAGUAGGAUAAAAUAGGAUAGUGUAGAGUAGGGCAGGUUAGUAUAAAGUAAGGUAGGUUACGGUAGAGCUAGCUAUGGUUUGAAGAAACUAAGACUAAAAUUCUAUAAUGCUAUAAAAUUUUUAGGUGAUCACGUACUGCUGGAUGCCUUUAAUGGUACCCUGCAACGGAUAUCAACUGAUUUUACAAAUGGAGUUGUAAACCAUAAUUAG